ACGACACCAGAACGGAACGCUUACGACGAAGAAGAAUGGCAGAACAGUUUCUGCUUAACAGAACCAGAAUGGUUCUCCCGGAUAUGUUCACGGUUGGUUUGCAUUUUUGCGGAUAACAAUGGUGUACAACAUUCCCAAGAAAUCAAAUAUGUACAGAACAGAGAUAUACCCGAAAUGUAUUCGAAGCGUAAAAAGGGAUCUGGACCGGCUUGGAACCUGUUUGGACUUGAAUAUUUGACGAUUUUCGUCCUGUUGUUUAUGGCGCCGGAAAAGAUAUGUUCAGUAGAAGUAAAACGUGCAUCCAUUGCGAUCCAAACCUCACCUUGUCUAAUACAUUGGACCAGCGAGCUGUACUUCAAGGGUAGACUGCAGUCGUGCUACUCAAAAAAACAAGCUGUGAAACAAACGCUGACUGUCAAUACCAAUGUCCAUGAAAGGUGUUCGGGUAUGUUAACACUUUGUCCACUUUCGGUGCUUACCCAUGCUCAAAAGCCAUCUGGGAGAUUAAGGCCACAUAAUAUCAUCAAAAGUGUAAAAGUAAAUUCUUACGAUAUUCCUAUUUAUUACAUUUAA